GAGUCGAGAGGCUAGAGCGCAAAGAGCGAAGGCGAGGAGACGAGAAGCAGGAAUUCAUUCAGCCUCUCCGGUCGGCUGCAGCCUCAGUCAGGAACGCCUCCGUGGAGAUCAGGAAAAGUACAAGAAGACGAAGACCCGUCGGAGGAAUAUCUCGUACUUCCUGGAAUGUUUCGGGAAAGGACGCCGACCUUUUCGAGCUCCCGCUCGUCACCCGUCAAAGUUUGAAGGACAGUCAUGUCGAUAUGUAGAUGAUAAUUCCUCCUCGUUGAUAUCUCCGUCCCUGAACUCGAACCUCUGGAUUAUCGCUCCGGAAGUCCCGUUCCGGCCGGGAAUGGAUUGCACAAGCGAGGAUGACGACUGGAGGUAAACGUUUGCUUCUUGGAGGCUGCGUCUGAGCUCAUUUGGGGCCGGAUGGAAAAAUGGGACAGCGGCGUUCAUCAAGUGAUGACUGGGCGGUAAUUCAUGCUGUGGAGAGAGAUCCAAACAUGGCCACGCUCCCCCCGUUCUUCCCGCCUUCUGACCCAUUUUCCAGACUCUGAGGCGUCUGCGAGGGCGCUCCGGCCGACACCAUGAACCUGCGCGGUGGCAACGUGUCCGAGUUGAUUUCUCAGUCGGUCACGGCCGGCACCCUUGAGCUGCUGGAGCCCGACCCGCGGCCCCCACGUGGGUACCAGGAAGCCCCAAGCAAUGUGAGCCACGCUGGGUGCUCCGGCGCGGGGAGCGACGCUCACGCCGGGAAUUGGUCAAGCGGCAGGUUUUACGGGUGCACGCCCCAGGAUGCGGAGGGGGGCAAGAACUGGGCUGCGCUUCUCAUCGUGGUGGUGAUCGCCGUCACGGUGACGGGCAACAUCCUGGUCAUCCUCGCCGUCUCCCUCGAGAAGAAGCUCCAGAACGCCACCAACUACUUCCUGAUGUCGCUGGCGGUUGCGGACAUGCUCCUGGGCAUGUUGGUCAUGCCGGUAUCCAUGGUGACCAUCCUCUACGAUUACGACUGGCCUCUGCCGUCUGACCUUUGCCCCGUGUGGAUCUACCUGGAUGUGUUGUUCUCCACGGCGUCCAUCAUGCACCUGUGCGCCAUCUCUCUGGACCGAUACAUCGCCAUACGCAACCCCUUCCACCACAGCCGCUUCAACUCGCACACCAAGGCCCGCGUCAAGAUCAUGGCGGUGUGGACCAUCUCGGCUGGCAUCUCCAUGCCCAUCCCCGUCAUCGGCCUGCGAGACCACGCCAAGGUGUUCAAAGAUGGCAGCUGCCUGCUGACGGACAACAACUUUGUGCUGGUGGGCUCCUUCGUGGCCUUCUUCAUCCCGCUCACCAUCAUGGUGGUCACCUACUUCCUGACCAUCAAGGCGCUGCAGAAUGAAGCCACCAUGUGCUUGGACCAGCUGGUGCCACGACCCAAAUGGGGCACGGCGUUCACGUUGAGCUUCUUCCCACAAACCUCGCUGUCGUCGGAGAAGCUCUUCAGACGCUCCAUCAGCAGAGGGAGCGGCGGCGGCGGCGGCCUGUCGAGCGGACGAGGGAGCGUCUCCGGGUCUUUCUUCGGCCGCCGCACCAUGCAGUCCAUCAGCAAUGAACAGAAGGCGUCCAAAGUCCUGGGGGUGGUGUUUUUCCUCUUUGUGGUCAUGUGGUGCCCCUUCUUCAUCACCAACGUGCUGGUGGUGGCGUGCGACCCGGCGGACUGCGACGCCGGUCUCAUGGGGGGCCUGCUCAACGUUUUCGUGUGGGUGGGCUACCUGUCGUCGGCCGUCAACCCGCUGGUGUACACGUUGUUCAACAAGACGUACCGCGCGGCGUUCCUGCGCUACUUGCGCUGCCGGUACGCGCCCAAGAAGAAGCCUCUCCAGCUCAUCCUGGUGAACACCAUCCCGCCGCUGGCGUACACCUCCAUCCAUAAAUUACGCAACGGAGCCGCGCACUCUUUCGGGGAGAUGAAGGAAUUCUCUCUACCCGGGCAGGAGGAGGAACCUCGGAGGAACCUUGACGGGAAAAAGGCAGAUAAAGACGAGAGUUGUGUGUGAGGAGAACUUUCUCCAUGAGAACUAUGCACAGCGGUUCUUGUCCCAACUGUCCCAUCGUCGGAGCGUGGCUCUUCUACCAUCUUCUACCAUCUUCUACUACCAUCUUCUACCAUGUUCUACUACCAUCUUCUACCAUCUUCUACUACCAUCUUCUACCAUCUUCUACCAUCUUCUACUACCAUCUUCUACCAUCUUCUACUACCGUCUUCUACCAUCUUCUACUAC